UCGUGUGUGUGUUUCUGGACCCUAACUUGUGUGGUAAAAGGGAAAUACGUUGUCCCAAAGCCAUGGAAUCGUGCAUUGGUGUUGAACAAGAUUUAGACAAAGCAUUAUCGAAAUUUACCACGCUAAAUGAUCAUACGAAUACGGCUUUACAAGAUUUAAUUAAUCAAGUUGAAGAGGUCAGGAAAGAAGUAGCAAGACAGCCUCAUAAUGCUACUCUUACCCAAGCUCAAUCAAUUUUGGUGGCGGAACUGGCAGCUGACAUCAAACAUCAAGUCUUCCAGAUUUCUACUGAUCAUAGAGAACUACACGCGACAGUGUCGCGAGUUGGCAAAUCCAUAGACCGUCAUUUCAUCUCAGAUUAUGCAUCAGUUGCUCCAAAAGCAGAAUCUUUCUGCAAUGAGGUUAACCGACCCAUUAUGGAACAGGCUAUAGCUCAACAUUUAUAUAGACAGGGUUUAGAAGAUGUGGGCGACACGUUCGUGGCAGAAGCCAAGAUCACCCCGGUGGAGAGGACGUGCACAUUCGCUCUACUGCAGCGUUGUGCCGCGGCGCUGUGCGAGGGGGAUCCCUCCCUGGCGCUCGACUGGGUGGAGAAGCGAGCCGACGAGCUGCGGCACUCGUCGCUGCCGUUCACGUUGCACCGCAUGCAGGCUCUGAAGCUGGCGCGCGAGGCGGGCGUGGGCGCGGCCAUCCUGUACGCGCGCGCGCAGUUCCCGGCGCACGCGGCGCGCCACGAGCGCGCGCUGCAGGCCGCCGUGUGCGCGCUGGCCUGGUGCACGCAGCACGCGCCGCCCGCGCCGCGCCAGUACCGCCACCUGCUGGACCUCAAGGCGCUCGGUGCGGAGGCAGCGGAGCUGUUCAUCGUGGAGGCGUGCUCGCUGCUGCACCUGGCGCCGCUGUCGCCGCUGGCGGGCGCCGUGCUGGCGGGCGCCCGGGUGCUGCCCGCGCUGCACGACAUCAAGGCCAAGAUGACGCACCCGCACGUGAUCGCCGCCUGGUCGGACGACGAGCUGCCGCUGGAGGUGGACCUGGGCGAGGACGGCGGCGGCUACCACUCGGUGUUCGCGUGCCCCAUCCUGCGGCAGCAGGCGUCGGAGCACAACCCGCCCAUGCGGCUGCUCUGCGGACACGUCAUCUCGCGCGACGCGCUCAACAAACUGGCCGUGGGCGUCAAGUUGAAGUGCCCCUACUGCCCAAUGGAACAAUCACCAUCAGAAGCUCGUCAAAUAUAUUUCUCGUAAGAAGACAGCUAAUUUUUGUAAUCAGUAACAAUAACGUGAAAUAGUAUAUCUUUAAUACAAUAAUCGUGCAGUUAAAUGGCGUCUUAGAUCGCAGAGUUUUCCUAUAGAGUGUAGUUUUCUCGUGUUUUUAGUUUAUUUUCUCUUAUCGAAAGUAUCUCUAUUGAAAUUUAAAAAAAAU